UUGACGACAACAAAACUGGUUUCAAAUUAACUGCGACCUCAGUGCUGCAGUAACUGUAAGAGUGGAAAGUGUUGCUGUCGCUUGGAAGAAAAAUAAAAAACUGAAAAUGUUUAACGCACAGAAUCUGUGGGUUACGUUAGCGGCCCUAUUGGUCAUCGUCGCUAUACCGGAUGUUUCGUCAUAUUCAAAAUACGGAAGGACUUGCAAGGAUAUUGGAUGUAGAAACGAUGAAGUCUGCGUUAUGGCGGAAGAUCCUUGCACAUUUUCCUCAGAUAAAUGUGGUUCUUAUCCGACCUGCAAAAAAACGAGCAACAGCGAGGGCAGUUGCUCGAGCAUCAUUUGUGACAAAAAUGAAUAUUGCAGAACCGAAAAUGACAUACCAAAAUGUGUAAGCAAGAUUUCAUCCAACGGGUUCCAAUCGGCGGGUGUCGAUAUUGUGAAUGGUCAACAAGUCAGCAAUAGUGAUACUAAUAAACACACGAAUACCAACUCGAAUCCGUACGCUAACGCGAAUGCACCUCCAGCCCCCGCUGAUCCUGUACCCGGGGGAACUGGUUAUCAUCAAGUUAAUACUGGUAACAAUAUCGGUUACCCUUCUUAUCCCAGCAAUCUAGGAUCUUCGAAUAACAACAACGGCUAUCCUCCUUAUCCAUCAACGAAUCAAGGAAAUCAUCCGCGAACGGAUAACCUCGGUUAUCCACCCUAUCCAACUAUGAACAGAAUGCCGCAACCUGGUCAAGGAUAUCCUGGUCAAGGUUAUCCCCCAUAUCCAGGACAAUCUGGAUAUCCGCAAGCAGGAUAUCCGCAACAACAAUAUCCAAACGGUCAACGAUAUCCAGUAGGACAAUAUCCUGGUUAUCAAAAUUAUCCGAAUCAGAAUCAUCGAGGAUAUUCCUACAAUUCGAAUUCUGUAUAUCGUAAAAAUAGUAGUAGCAUCGGACAAUCUGCAUCUUUUACGACCGUUUGUUUGAUUACCUUAGCUCUCAUUAUUUUCAAUCGAUCGUGAUUAUAAACAACUUGUGUUUGUUUUAUUUUAUUUUUUGAUAAUAAACAGUGCAUUGCUAUCCUUGAUUCAAAAGACAAAAAAAAGGCAUAUAACUGUUCCAAACGUAUUUUAUAAAAUAUAUAUAAUCUUUUGCGCGAAUUUUCAACAAAUCUAUUUGUGUUUUUAUCAAAAAUUAUGAAGUUACAUUAUGACGAAAUAAUUUAACAAAGUUUCUAUUUAACUGCAACUUGUACCUGAUAUCGCCUGAUUAUUUUUAUAUAGAAUAUUUGCUAUGUACAUAGUUUUAUUUCUACACCAUGACUAUUUGAAAAUGCAACUUUUACAAAUAUGGCCUUUAUGCCUAUCGUCCAAUUGCUCUAUUAAAUAAUUGCUAUCUAUGCAAUGCACAGUGCCUUCGUACGCGAAGUAUAUAUCUACAUGUAUGCAUGCAUACGUUCAUACAAGAUCUAUUUACGUGUAUAUAGAUGAUCGAUAUUCGUAUACAUAUAAUUGCUAAUUAAUUACCUUCAAUUAUAGAAUAUAUAUAUAAUUAUAUACCGUUAUAAUAAUCACAAUAAUGUUCUUUUAGCAGUUGUUAAUAUAAGAUAAUAAUGAAUAUAUAUUUUUAUUGAUAUUUAUAAAAAAUUUAGAAAAUUUUCUUUUCCACAUACGCACACAUGCUACAUAAUAAUCUGUAAAUCAACAUGUAAUAUUCUUAUUUCAUAAAUUUAUCUUAAUUAUUUU